CAGCGACGACCGACAGCCUCACGACAACCGCCGACCGACCCUUUUUUCGUUUUCCGGAACCCACACAAUACCGCCAAAAUGCCCGGUGUUCGCGACGUUGAGGCCAACAAGUUCAUUGAGGCUUAUGCCGCUUUCCUGAAGCGUCAGGGCAAGCUGCCCAUCCCAGGUUGGGUCGACACGGUCAAGACUUCGCACGCGAAGGAGCUGCCGCCCCAGAACAUCGACUGGUACUACGUGCGCGCCGCCGCCGUCGCCCGCCACAUCUACGUCCGCAAGACGGUCGGUGUCGGCCGCCUGCGCAAGGUCCACGGUGGCACCAAGAACCGCGGCUCGCGCCCCAGCCACCACGUCGACGCGUCCGGCUCCGUCGACCGCAAGGUGCUGCAGUCGCUCGAGAAGAUCGGUGUCGUUGAGCACGACGAGGAGAAGGGCGGCCGCCGCAUCACCCAGAGCGGCCAGCGUGACUUGGACCGUAUUGCCAUGACGGCGCUCGAGGCCGAGGAGGAGGAGGAGUAAGCGCGUGCGCUACCUCCAUCUUUCUUCUACCAAUUCCGUGACAAAAUUCGGAUCGUCGGCGUCUUUUGCUCGUUACAUCACCACCUGCAUGCAUUGGCAUUUCUCUCGGGUUCUGGGUCGGCUGGGAUAGGUUGUGUUUGAGGAAAUGAAAAAUAAGGGAAUACCUUUGCAAGCAAGCACGCGCGAGAGAGACCGUUGUUUGUCUUCUUUUUGUUGUUCUUGCCGUAACCUAUCGUUCUUGUUGACGGGAGCCAUGCCAGUCAGCCAGAGCCUGAAUGCUAGCUUCAGGUUGCCAAAGCGCCGUGUCAGUCGUUUGGGUUUGAUCGCCGUGAGAAAGCGUGCCAAGGUUUUCGUCGUUUUUUAUAAGCUUAAUCGUGGACUCGAGCCAGCAGGCCAGCCUUAUGUGCCUGUCGGAUUGAUCCUCCCAGGUAUCUUACAUUUGACCCCGCAACCUUAUUCCUACCUUAACUACACCCGUUCCCCAAACCCCCC